AACCGUUGUCUUGUUUUCAAGGUUGCUAGCUUGUGUUGUGUUUUAACUUUUAAGUUUUAACCCUCUUCUCUUCUCGAGUCUUGACACUACCACCUCCUAGUCCUAAUAAUAUGUCUUCUCUUGUGUGAUCUUGGCACACUCCAAAUUUGGUUAGAGUUGUCACUCACAUUUUUUUACUGAAUAACACUAGAGCUUCCUUUCCCCAUGAUCAAUGGCUUUGCUUCUCUCUCUCCACCUUGAAACUUCGGAGUUGAUUGUGACCACUGAUUAUCCUCGCCACUGGUGAACAUCGAUGGCCAUUGUGCGACGUGGUACGGAUUCUCCACUUCUGUGUAUUAUUAAGUCCUAUCUUCACAUACCUUUUUACUCAAAUAGUUUCUUCAGUACGUCCAAAACAGUAUCCACUUGCCUUCCAACCCCCCUUUCCUCAUUCUAUCUUUUUUACAAAUCACGAUGACAUGGGGUUCGCAUUUCCGAAACUCUAAAAUUUCCAAUAGCCCAUGCUCUUCACUUUGUUAGUUACACUUACACACUUGUUUACAACCAACAACACUAACUAUCUCACAAACUCUCCUCGUUAUGUCCAACUCCAUCACCCAUCAAAACCAAUUUGAGAACCAAGAGCUUGAUGCUUAUGCCUCUUCCAUGAGGCACAACAAUGCAUUUUCUGAGGCCUUGGGAGUAUUUCCCAGCAUUGGAGUAGCUGAAGGCUCUGAGAUCAGCCACACAAGGCAUCUGAUGGAUCUUCUUGGUGCAGCAGCAAAUGAGAGCAUUCAUCACCAAACUCAAGGGCUUUCUCUUUCUUUAGGCUCUCACAUGCAUCAAAGACCCUUAAACCCUGCUCUCAUGAACCCCAAUUACUUCAUCUCUGGACAAGAGCCACGUGAGGCUUGUAAUCCACCAGUGGAACCUCAGAAUCUAACCAGUGACUACUUUUUCAACGCUGCAAGUGCCUCUUUUGCUUCCUCUUCUGCCCCAUUAAACCGUUCUCCUUCCACCUCCUAUGCUGCUGAGUCUUUUGUUUCUGUCAUUGGGAACUCGAGGUACCUCAAACCGGUUCAGUCCCUUCUUGAAGAUCUUGUUGAUGUUGGUGGAAAUGUGGUUGAUAGAAUCAAUGAGAAGUAUGCUGAGAAGUUGUUUCGUGGGGGAAGAGGAGGUGCUAGGACUCUCUCCUCGGAGUUGAAGGCAGAGUUGAGGAAUAAUGGACCCUUAUUGGCUGACAAACAUGAACAUCAAAUCAAAAUUGCAAGGUUGAUUUCUUUGUUAGAUGAGGUUGAGGCCAGGUGUGAGAAAUACUACCAUCAAAUGGAAGAAGUGGUAUCAUCCUUUGAAAUGAUAGCUGGUUUGGGAGCUGCCAAGUGUUACACUGCUUUGGCACUCCAAGCCAUGUCAAGGCAUUUCUGCAGCUUGAGAGAUGCCAUAUUGUCACAAAUAAAUGCUGAGAAAAGAAAACUCUUUCAGGAUUUACCUAAGAUCAGUAGCGGCUUGUCUCAACUAAGCUUGUUUGAUAGAGACAGUAGACAGAGUAGAAUGUCUCUCCAACAACUUCGUGUGAUCCAAAGCCAACGCCAAGUUUGGAGACCCAUCAGAGGCUUGCCUGAAACCUCUGUGGCAAUUCUUCGCUCAUGGCUCUUUGAGCACUUUCUCCACCCUUAUCCUAAUGAUUCUGAAAAGUUAAUGCUGGCAUCUCAGACAGGUUUAACUAAAAACCAAGUCUCAAAUUGGUUCAUAAAUGCAAGAGUACGGCUAUGGAAACCAAUGAUAGAAGAAAUGUACAAAGAGGAGUUUGGAGAGUCUUCUGAAGACUCCAACCCGGCUGGUAACAACUUCUUGACGAGGGAAGAUACCACAGAUUGUGUAGAGGAUUGAAUCAAAGCUCGUGUGAACAAAAAAA